UCUUGUUCUUCGUUUCUUCACUUUCUUCACCUAUACCUCCUCUCCGAGUAUAGACUAAAUCUUUCAACGCAAUGGACUCGGAAAUAGAACCCACUCCUCAUCGUCGCUAUAUUAAAGACCCCGUCCAUGACCAGAUUCUCAUAACACCUAGGAUGGCGCAGUUUAUAGAUUCGGCCCCGUUUCAGCGAUUGAGAAGGAUAAAGCAACUUGGAACAACAUAUUACGUGUGGGCGGGGGCUUCACACAAUCGUUUCGAGCAUUGUAUCGGUGUUGCCCAUCUCGCUAGAACAAUGGUGACCCAUCUUCAAGAUAACCAGCCAGUGCUCAACAUCACAGAGCGGGAUAUUGAAUGCGUGACCCUUGCAGGUCUCUGUCAUGACCUUGGGCAUGGCCCUUGGUCUCAUGUCUGGGAUGGGAUGUUCAUUCCGGCAAUCUUGCCCGACGAGCAUUGGACACAUGAAGAAGGAUCUGAAAUGAUGCUUGACUAUCUAAUCAAAGAACAAGGAAUCGACAUCCGGACAGACGACGUCACGUUCAUCAAAGCUCUCAUUGCAGGCGAUCCUAGUAGAUGCAAGCGGAAGGAAAAGCGGUUUCUUUUUGAUAUUGUUGCCAACAAACUGAACGGUUUCGACGUUGACAAAUUUGAUUACAUCCAGCGUGACUCGCUAGCCAUUGGGGAUCCCAUCAAACUUCAAGUCACCCGUCUCAUCGAGUCGGCGAGAGUUAUACAAGAUCAGAUCUGUUAUGCAUAUAAAGACCUUGACAAGGUCCUUGAGGUUUUCCAGACGCGACACAAACUACACAAAAACUUCUACAACCACAAAACGGCGAAGGCCAUUGAGUACAUGAUUGUGGAUGGUCUUAAGCUUGCUGAGCCAUUCAUGCAUAUUGCUCAACGGAUCAGGGAUCCAGAAGAGUUCCUAUGGCUAACGGAUGACCUACUUCCUGAGAUUGAGAGGUCUAAGGAUCCAAACCUCAAACCUGCGCAGGAUAUAUUCAAACGGAUUACCAAUCGCAAGCUUUAUAGAUUUGUUGAUAUGAAGUGGGUCUCCUGGGAAGACCGGGAUGCGUACAAGCAGCUCGUCACAGAGCAACGUAUCCUGGAGUGUGCUCGAGACGCUUACUACGAACUUCCUAAGGAGCAACAAGAUGAAAUGGAUGAGGCUUGGAAAGAAGCAGGGCUCACCCUCGAUGAUCUGACUAUCAAUGACAUCAAGGUUGAGCAAUCUAUGCUUCACUAUGGCAUGAAGGAGGAGAACCCUCUUGAUUAUGUGAAGUUCUAUUCCAAAACAGGCAGAUGUCACAAAGCGCUCGAUGGGGAUUAUUCGAGCUUACGUCCGUUCGUUUUUGCUGAAGUGUUAUUGCGUGUCUUUACCAAGAAGGAAGAGCCGGGUAUCACAGAAUCCAACGGGAUACGCCUCACAGUCCUGGCGAUGCCCCAGAGACAGUUGUCGUAAAAGUUGCUGAAGGUGGACAACCGAUUCCGGUCAGCGAUCACACAACAAGAUCUAUCACCAGAGGCUCUGAGGCUCUGAUGAGCCCGCCGGUCACAGAACGCGGUUUGCCUGAUGAUGGCCCUCCUACCUCGCAAGACCUGACAGAGCCAUCUGGCUCGCGUAGUAUAUCAAGGCAUGAGAGCACGCGGAGCAUUUCUACCAUUCCGGAUGCAGAGCAUUCUUUGGCUACUGCUGCAACUUUAGAUUCCACGUCGACAGUUCCUAGUCCCGAAAUACCCAACAAGUCACCGAAACUUAGUACACCGGGCGCUCCCGCCAGCCCGCACGUUCCGGCUUUAGGAAAACC